AUGGCCGCCAUGUCCCACUUAAUACACCUCACGGCCAUCGACCGCCCAGACUCGCGGGUCAGUAUGGCGUUAUCCGACUCAACGUACCAUAGUUUUCAGGACAACGAUUUGCCCGAACCAGAGGCACCAUCCCGGCCUAUUGAGAACAAACCCAUCACUGUGCGCCCGCCACCCACGGUAGUCGACGCCAAAGAGGAGGAGUGCGAGCCCAUGGCUGGCGCAAUGCGUCGGCAGGACUCCGGUUACGAAUCGAUCAUCACGCGUGAAACAUUAUCAUCUCAACCUAGGACAUCGUCACCUGCCUCUUUUUCCUCCGCACGGCAGCGCCGCACCCGGCCACCAAACCGCCGGUCUCCAAAGUUAGCACCCGUAUCACACCGUCCCCGGAGCGCCCUCCACACCGUCUCUCCUCCAGGCACAUCCCGAUCACACUCAUCCCAGCCCCAGCAACCAGUCUCGUACUUUUAUUUCCCGCACUUCACCUCCUCAGAUCCCGCGCUAGUCGAACCGGGACUCAUGGCCGACGACCGCAACCCCAAGGAUUCCACUUCCACAGCCACCUACGCCCUACGCUGUGAUUCACAGUCGCACCAGCUGCCGCCCCAAACGACACACUACUGGACCAGUGACCGAACAAGGAGACUUGAGUAUGCCGCCAUUGACGCGGCAAGCAAAGGGGUCCGUGGUUGGGUGAUGCGGCACGUGGUGCCAGACUGCUUUGUUCCUCAGAGCAAGCGGCGGGUCGGUUUCGAGGAUGACCGGGGUAGUGUGGUGCGGUACCGCCUCGACUUGGACACGGACGAGGGCAUGGAGAAGCCUCAGUCAAUCAGAGAAGGAGGCUGGAAGGGGUGGUUGUUCAGCAGCCGCCGUCGUUGA